UGAGCAGUUGCCACGGUGAAAGCCUCCGCGGUUUUCAACUAAUUCUACUACGGUUGAUAUUUUUGCUGAACUACUCAAACUGUGAACAAUUUUUCUCGAAGUUCUUGAAAAUGUCCUCAAUUCCACGUGUAUCAAAUGAUUCAACGUCUUCACCCGAAGAUGACAUUUUCGUAGAUAAAGGAGAACUCUUGCGAGAAGAAUACGCUAACUUAAGCAAUGAGAUUGAAGCAAUUUCCGAAGAAAUAUUAGACAUACAAAGUGAAUUAAUACUUACUGAGCAUUCUAUCCAAGAACAAGAAGUUAAGAAUAAUGAAUAUAACUCGUAUUCGGAGAAAAAGCAGUCGAAACGUUUGAAAAAUACAAUAACGUUAGAAGAUUAUUAUUUGUUUACUGUGAAUGAAUUAGAGAGAGACAGAGAUGAAAUGUUGACUAUUUAUGCUAAAAAAAAGUCUGAAUUGCAGGAUGUUUUACUACAGGAGAAAAAAUUCCUGAAACAUGUCAAAGAAGAAUUAGUAUCAACAGCAGAUAUUCAAUUAAUUCGUAAAAAACAAGAAGCAGAAAUUGAACGUUUAGAAAAAGAAAUAAGAGCUACCCGCAAUUACCAAUCAGAAAAACUUCAACAGUUUAAAGAGAUAUCUAAACAAAAACAUUUGGAGUUGGAAAAAGAAGCUAAGAUUAUCUUGGAUAACGUGACUGAAAAAAGUAAAAAGAUUUCAAACAAACUGAUCGUUGAACAUGUUAAUAAGAUAUGUAAAGAAAAUGAAGAAUUGUAUAAGGAUAUCCUAAAUAAAUCAGAAUUAAUAAAAGCUAUGGAAGCAGAAAAAUCGAACUUGGAGAAACAAAAUGAAGAGGUCAGACAUAAUCAGGUGUUUUCCAAGGACCUGGAGUAUGUUGAAUAUAAACGUUGCGAAGGCUUGUCACAACUGAAAAGUUUAUCACCACAGAAAUAAAGCAGCAUUAAGUUGUCAUUUAUUUUUAAAAGCAAACAGACUUUUUAAAAAAUGCUGUUUCCAUAAUUCUAUUUUUGUGUAAUUAGUUUUCUUUACGGAUUUGAGUAGAGCCAGAGCAACAUUAGACUCAGAAUACUAUGAAUUCAUUAUA